UGUGGUUGACGUCAUUGGAGGAACUCAGCCACAGCGUUCUACUGAGACUUACCGAGCCUUUGUUAUCCGGGAGCUUGUUCUUUCGAGUGGCUUAGAGCUGCCUGUGGGUAGUUUUUUUUUUUAACGAGAACUGUCUGCAAAAUGUGCUCAGUAGGUGGGAUAUUACGAGAACGGGACAGACGUAAUCUUUGAUAUUUUUGUGGGAUUUUCGUGUCUUAUUGUAAUCCAUCUCGUACUCCAUAACCUACUCUAUAUGCCACUGUAAGAGUCAUUAUGCGAACGUGAACGGACUAUGGACACUGACAGUACUUCGUGACUGAUGUCGCACCGUUUGGGAAUCUGGCGUCUCCACCUUGAGGGCGUGGUGUUUUAAAAGAGGUGUGAAAAUAUAUUCAGUACCGCACCACUUUCACUACAUCUUGUAUUCAUCAUUGAACAUGUUGCUUUCAACACAAGUAAAAUUGUAGCGGUGCAUUGCUCAUUGCUCCAAGGACGGACAUUGACAGUUUCGUUCCAUGGUCGUGUGGAAAACUGCCGGCUAGGAAAUGUAAAAGAGGGUCUGUUAUCGACGGCGGGGUCUGUCUCAAAGGCUGCGGUAAUUUAGAUAAGAUAUGCAGUUGCACGCACAGAUUCGUAAAUAAAUGGAACGUCUAUAGCAAUACGCUGUAAUUAAAUUCCAAUGACGAUUAACUUGCUGCGACGACCCACACUAAGUGCUCUAGUAUCUCUAUACUAUAUAUGAUUUAAGUAAGGUUUAACCCAAGUGAAGGAAGGCAGCCUUUGAAUUGUACAGCAGCCCAUUUUACAUCACCAUCCAUUAUACAUCAACCCGCGCUCCGUACGUAGUAUACCGCGCGUACGGUAUACGGCUGCUCUAACACGCCUGCACCCCGCUCCCCCCCCCCCCUCCGGAUAGCAGCCGGCGAGCGUACACAAGGUCACCGGGCGCCGGCGCCGGGCGCGGCGACUGAUGCGCGACUGGCUCAGUGCAAGGGCUCAGUGUGCUCAGUUGGUGUCCGGAGCGCGGUGCGGCGGGGAGCGGGCCACGUCUCUCAGCACCGCACUCGGUCGUGCAGUCUAUGUGAGGACUCCAGGCUCCAGCACUAAUUGGUCAUAGCAUCUGCCGCGAGAAGACUAUCACAAGUCGCCGCAUUUGAUCGCAAUGUGGGACCUAGCACCUUCCAUCGCGGCGGCGGCCGGUAGUGCUCUGCUGGGUCUAGUGUCGGUGGUGGUCGGCCGUACACUACUGGCCCGUCGGCGGCACUACGUUUUCAGCCCCGCUGACCUGAGCUCGGCUGACCUGACCGCGGAGGACCUGCAGGGCAGCGAACAGCGUCUGGCGGGGGGUCUGGCCAUACCGACCAUCUCUGUGUCUCAUGACGCCCCGCCACCCAAGAAGGAGCUACUCGACUAUCACAAACAUCUCCGAGAGAGUUUUCCAACCGUGUUCAACUCUCCGCUGGUUACGGUGGAGAUUGUGAACGAGCUGAGUCUGCUGCUGACGGUGCACGGCUCGCGGUCCGAGCUGCGUCCCUACCUGCUGCUCUCUCACAUGGACGUAGUGCCCGUGAAUGAGGAGCGCUGGAACCACCCGCCGUUCGGAGGCCUGAUCAAGGACGGCUUCAUCAUCGGUCGGGGAGCCAUCGACGUCAAACAGACCACGCACGCUAUCCUGGAGAGCUUGGAGCACCGACUGAAGACUGGAGACGCGCCGAAGCGGUCACUCUUCGUCGCACUGGGACAUGACGAGGAGAUUAACGGCACGCGAGGAGCCAAGGAAAUCGGUAAGCUUCUGGGAGAGCGAGGCGCCCAGCCGCUGUUUAUUAUAGACGAGGGCACGGCCAUUCUGGACCGGUUCAUGCCGGGCGUGCGCUCCCUGGUGGGGGUGGUGGGGGUCUGUGAGAAGGGCUACCUGUCCGUGGAGGUGACGGCUCGCGGCGAGGCCGGCCACUCGAGUAUCCCGCCGCCGGAGACGGCCGUCGGCCGGCUGGGACACGCGCUGGCCCGUCUCCACCCGAACCCGCAGCCGCUGCUGCUCGGCCGCGGCCCAGAGAUGGAGCUCAUCCAGCUGGCCGGCGCCGUGGCAAAGGGGCCGUUCAGGUUCGUCUACGCCAACUUCUGGCUGUUUAAAGGUCUCAUCCAGAAGGCGUUCCUCAAGAACCGUGCCAUGCAGGCGACCAUCCAGACGAGCACAGCUGUGACUAUCAUAAAAGGUGGCUACAAGGAGAACGUCGUGCCCGGCGAGGCCACGGCCGUCAUCAACCACCGCGUCUCACCGCUGAUGGACCGUGACGCCGUCAUCGCCGUCGACCGCGCCGCCAUGCGCGACCCCUCGCUCGAGCUCAAAGUGCUGCGCGAGAGCGCGCCGUCGCCGAUCGCUCCGUACGGCGAGGAGGACGGCCCGUUCGGUCUGAUCGGCGCCACCCUACAGCAGAUGUACGGAGACGAGGCGAUGGCCGUGCCGGGGGUGAUGAUCGCCAACACGGACACGCGGCACUACCUGGAGCUCACCGAUCAUGUGUAUCGAUUCAACCCGAUCGUGCUGCGGCCGGACCAGCUCGGCAUGUACCACGGUGACAAUGAGAUGAUUGCCGUCGACAACUACCACCACUGCGUCCGCUUCUACUACCGGCUGAUGAAGAACUCGGAGAGUGACGCCGCCGUGGCCAAGAUGCCGUGAAAGGUGGUGAGCGGUGAAGGGUCUCUCGCAGAGGCAGAUCAGUGGAUAGCGGCAGCCCGGGCUUCGAGGAGAAACGACUCUGCAGUUGGAAGCACACGGCUGACCAGCGACGGGCUGCGAUGGAUCAGCGAUGAGCUCUAUGAGAUGGGUUCGCACAUAUAGACACUGUGCUGUUACCGGGUCGUUAAUGCCAUUUGUCAUUAUUUUGACGGCUGUGUAUUUUGUUGUAUGAUUUAUUACGUUAAUGAAGGUAUGCAACGCGCUAUAAAUGGGCAAUAUGAAAAGGUUGUUGUUAAGCAGCCCUAAAUGCACAUUGCAUUAAGCAUUUGAAGGACAGCCUUGCUAAAUAUAUGUAAUGGAAAAGUUUG